AUGUCUCAACCUAAUUACCCCAACCAGUCCUCCCACAGCGUACCCAGCAUCAACAUCGUGCCCGCCACCCAGACAGGGGCUCCUCCGAGUCUCCCAGCACGGCCCUCCGCGUCCAGCUUGUCUCUCAACACCCUGGCAACCGAAGAGGAGGUGAUCGCAAGCCUCCCUCCGUCGCCAAAAUACACCGAACAGCCCUCCCCAGGCGAACUCAGCAUCCCAAAUAACCAGGCCAUCGACCCAUUGUCGAUCAACGACGAAAGACCGGAAACAGACCCGCCAGAAUACUCGGAAAUGUCGUCUGCUGUGGCCCCUGUCGUUAGCAGACCCCCGUUCGCAGACAUGGACAUCCCACCACCGACUCCAGAACGGCCACCAACAAGACCUCCUCGGCCCAAUCAGCGCCCACAGGCCGCGAGGUACCAAAGACCGCAGAUCCCCCCACCAGUGCAACCGCAGAUGUACCUCCAGCCUCAGCAGCAGUACAACCGGCCACCCGUGCCCACACCUGUGCAUCCGAUCUACGCUCCCCCACCGUCAGCCCCGCCAUUGCCACAGAGACCUAGCUCUCCGUCGUCUAUCUGA